GCAACAUGUCGGGUUGUGUGAUUUCUAGAGAUGCUUGAUAAAAGCUGUUAAGUUGGAAAUUCAUGAAAAUGGUUUCUCAAGGAACAAAGGAUGUGGAGUGAUCCAAUGGCGCUCGGACACGGCUCUAAGAAGUCAGUUUCAUGUGACCAGGGACAGGAGGUCACAAGUGCUUCUCUGAGGAAUGGGGUAGAAGCUGGUACACAAGCUGUGGCUCCGCCCAUUAGGAAGACUCGGUCCUGCAAGUGUCUCCUGGCCUUCCUCAUCAUCAUCAUCAUUAUGCUCAUUGUCGCAGGAGCCACACUGGCCUGGUACUUCCUGGAGUACAAGGUUUGGGUGCUGGAGCCUCGUGUCCAGCAGCAGUACACAGCCCAUGUAACCAUCCUCAACAGGAACUUCUCUGCUGAUUUGUCCUCUCACAACAGCCCUGCCUUCAAGAAAGAGGCCAGGGGAGUAAAGGCCAUGGUUGAGAAAAUAAUGAAAGGCUCAAGUCUUUCUCGAUACUUCAACUACACCACCAUCUUUGCUUUCGGGGAGGGGAGUGUUGUGGCUCACUUCUGGAUAGUGAUGUCUGUGCCAAGCAGCCAUGUUGGGAGAGUCACACUGAAGAAGGUCACCAGGAGCCUGGAGGAGGACCUUCGGGGGUACAGAGAGUCAGAGAAGCAGGAGCUGGCCAGCUUUGAUGGAUACCUCCUCCACCUCCCUUCGCUGUCUGUCAGUGAAACCGACUCCAAAGUUAUAGAACUUUUGAAAGCUUCAUUUGACUGUUACCGCUACCAGAAGGUGGUGUCCAGAAGCCCCAUGGCUCUCCGUGGCCCGGACACACAGUGUUCCUCCUGCCUGUGGCACCUCCAGGCUGCCCCCGGCUCCCAGCUGGAGCUUCAAAUGGAGUGGCUGCUGCCAGAGUGUCGAGACAGGCUGGCGGUGUACAACUCCCUCACCCCCACUGAUACUCAUCUCAUCACAUCUGUGUAUGGCUGCAGCAGACAUGAGCGUGUGGUCAAUGUCCUGUCUUCAGGCGAGUGGAUGACGGUGGUUUGGAAACAGGGUCUGUACAACUACAAGGACCCCUUCUCUUUGUCUGCACAGGCCUGGGACCGCCAGGACUGUAACUCCACUAUAGAGCUGAAGCCAGUAUCAGGGGUCCAGGGGACACUGAGGACGCCUUUUUUCCCCAGCUACUACCCCCCUGACACCAACUGCACCUGGAGCUUUAUCAUACCCAGUGUAGGGAUGGGCCUGUCUCUGGAGUUUGAGGGCUACGAACUGAGCAGAGCCAGCUACAACCAAGCCUGUACCCAGGGACAGUGGAUCAUCCAUAACCGCAGACUGUGUGGUACCAGGGGUCUGCAGCCAUACAGCGAACGCCUUUACCUGCUCUCCACGACAGCAACUGUUGUCAUGACGUCCGAGGUGUCACUCACAGGGCCGGGCCUUCAGCUGCGCUUCAGCGUCUUCAACCUUACAGAUCCUUGCCCAGGCCAGUUUCUGUGCACUAUUAAUGGCCUAUGUGUUCCUGCCUGUGAUGGAAUCAAGGACUGUCCCAAUGGACUUGAUGAGAGAAACUGUGUGUGUGCGGCUCAGUACCAGUGUCAAGAGGACAGCCAAUGUGUGGACUACUACAAGGUGUGUGACCAACACCCGGACUGCCCUGAAGCCUCAGACGAGAUGAACUGUACUAAUGGUGUGCAGUGCACAGAUAAGACCUAUGUGUGUGCUGAUGGAACGUGUCUGAAGAAGCCAAACCCAGAGUGUGACUCUGUCACCGACUGCCCGGACGCCUCUGAUGAAAAACAGUGUGACUGCGGCCUGAGGCAGUUCUCCAGUCGUAUUGUCGGCGGGACUAACGCCUCGGAGGGGGAGUGGCCAUGGCAGGCCAGCCUGCAGGUGCGGGGUUCCCACAUCUGUGGGGGGGCACUGAUCUCCAGCCAGUGGGUGGUGUCUGCCGCCCACUGUUUCUAUGACGACCGUCUCUACUCCCCCUCGAUGUGGACAGUCUACCUGGGUAAACUCCUCCUCAGACGCAGCGGCUCCACAGAGGAGGUGGCGCGAGUUCAACGGAUCCAUCUUCACCAAUACUACGACGACGAGUCCCACGACUAUGACCUCGCCCUGUUGAAGCUGGACCGGCCCGCCUCAGUGCUGCUGGCUGGACAUGCCCGACCCGCCUGCCUGCCCCCGCCUACCCACCAGCUGGAGCCGGGCCUGCUCUGCUGGGUCACUGGCUGGGGGGCUCUCCGUGAGGGGGGCAGUGCCAGUAACGUGCUUCAGAAGGUGGAUGUUCACCUGGUCAGCGAGGAAGCCUGUGUUCGCUCCUAUGGCCACUUGGUCACUCCCAGAAUGCUUUGCGCCGGUUACCGCAGUGGAGAGAAAGAUGCCUGUCAGGGAGACUCCGGUGGCCCCUUGGUUUGCCAGGAGCCGUCGGGUCGCUGGUUCCUGGCCGGAGUGGUGAGCUGGGGCAAAGGCUGUGGGCGUCCAGACUACUAUGGCGUCUACACUCGCAUCACCAGACUCACCGACUGGAUCAAGCACGUCAUCAGCGCCCCCUGAGUCAUUGAGGAUCUUCUUCUACAUCGAUAUCCUCGUCACCCUGGUGCAAACUCAAGACAUUAUCCAAAUGAGGAUAAAACGCACUGGAAGAUGAUUUGAGAUUGCUUCUCAGCCGUACAGCAAAAUGGUAAAGUUUGAAAGGCUUCAUUCUAAAGUCAUGAAGUGAUACAGUAAAUAAUAUUUAUGUGGCACCUUUCAUAACUGAUUUUAUAAAGUUAUAUACAGUAACAGGAAACAUGCCAAAAUAACAAAAAUAAAAUAAAAUAUCAGUCAUAAUGAUAACAGGACUCAAAUAAAAGAAUUAAGCUCAAAUGUUCUAUGAAAUUAUUAAGAAAAGCUCAGUUUUCAGAAUUGACUGAAAUGUAAUGAUAGUGCACAAUAGGAGGUACUUUGCACAAAAUGAAUGUAAUCCACCCUUUUUCAAAUUGAAUCAUCUAAAUUUCGAAGAUACUGAACUUGAAGCAUUUUCCCAUAA